UUGCCAUUUUCUCCCCUAUAUUAUGCAAGCUUAGUUUCUCUAACAACCUUGAAAAAUGGCUAUUCUACUAUUUUUCAACCUAUCAAUGAUCAUCUUAAUCAUCCUCUUAACAUGCAACAUCAUCAUCCAACGGCUCAAAUUCAACCUCCCACCGGGCCCAAGGCCGUGGCCCAUUAUAGGAAACCUUCAUAAAAUUAAGCCAGUCCAAUUUUGGUGUUUCUAUGAAUGGGCUCAAGUUUACGGCCCGAUAAUAUCGGUGUGGUUCGGGUCCAAAUUGUUUGUUGUGGUUUCAAGCUCAGAGUUGGCUAAGGAAGUGUUGAAAGAGAAUAAUCAAGAGUUGGCUAAUAGGAUUAGAAUUAAAUCCAAAUUAAACUUUGCUAGAGAUGGGAUGGACCUUACUUGGGCUGAUUACGGGCCUCAUUAUGUCAAGGUUAGAAAAGUUUGUACACUUAAAUUAUUUACUAGUAAAAAAAUUGAGGCCUUUAAGCCUAUUCGAAAAGACGAAGUCACCGCCAUGAUCGAGUCUAUUUACAAAAGUGCCACAGGCUAUUUAGUAGAAAAUCAUGAGAAAGGUGCUCUAACACUUAGGACAUACGUGGGAGAAGCAGCAUUAAACCACAUAACAAGGAUAAUAUUGGGAAAGAGAUUUAUCAAUUCCGGAGGUGAAUUUGAAGGGCAAUUAGGAAGGGAAUUGAUGAACAUUUUACUUGAGUUGAACAAUUUUAAGAGGACAAAUAUGUUAAUGUUGGGCAUCCAAUGGUUGCAACAUAUGUUCGAAGAUCAAGUCUUGAACAAGCAUGAAGAUCGCUUGGGAAACUUUAUGAAAAGGUUCAUGGAGGACGAUAACAAGCUUCAUUUUGUAGAUGCUUUGAUCUCAUGUAAGGACAAGUAUGGUCUUAAUGAAGAGACUAUCAUUGGACUCCUUUGGGAUAUGAUUAUUGCUGGUAAAGAUACAAUAGCUAUAGUAGUGGAAUGGGCCAUGGCUAAACUAGUAAGACAUCCAAGGGUCUUACAAAAGGCCCAAUAUGAAUUGAACAAUGUAAUUGGACAAGAAAGAAUUAUGAUUGAAGAAGAUUUCCCAAAACUUCCUUAUUUACAAGCCAUAGUCAAGGAGGCCCUAAGGUUGCACCCUCCAACCCCGCUAUUGCUACCUCAUCAAGCCCAGACCCAUGUCAAGAUCGGUGGCUACAACGUGCCUAAGGAUACAAUCGUCUUUGUGAAUGUUUGGGCCUUGGGUCGUGACCCAUCUGUUUGGCCCAACCCACUUGAGUUUUGGCCAGAACGGUUUUUUGAGAACGACGUUGACAUAAAGGGUCAUGAUUUUCGGAUGUUACCAUUUGGGGCGGGUCGCCGGGUUUGCCCGGGAGCACAAUUAGGGUUAAAUUUGGUUACGUUGAUGUUGGGACAUCUUUUGCACCACUUUGAUUGGGAUAUUCCUAUUGGAAAUCAACUUGAAGUGAUCAAUAUGUGUGAGGCUCCGGGAAUUGUCACUUAUAUGGCAUCUCCUUUGCAACUUGUUCCACUUCCAAAGUUGCCAAGACAUUUGUACAAACGAAUUUGUACACAUAUAUAGUCUCGGGAACAUAUUACAACGGAUUUACAUUGUCUCUCUUUGACAAUGAUUUUCAAUUGGUUGAGUCCAUUAUAUGGACUUUAUCUGGUAUUAGUGGUAUAAAUAUAUAAACUAAACAAUAACAAAAAAUACGAUUAUACCAUGCAAAGAAUUAAUCGGUAAAAUUAACUGUUGUCUGUUGAUCAAUAUCAAUCAAUAAAACCGAUUAUCAACAAAAAAUUAAUUUUUAAGAAAAUCAAUGUAAAAUAAUUCAGUAUAAAUAAUACGAAGUAUAAGGAGUCAGCAGAAGCUGCGACUUGUAGGUAAAUAAUGUUUAUUUGGUCAAAAACUUUUGUAUACAUCCGAUAUACGGUAAUAUUACUGUACAUUGAGGUAACUUUUGUUAAAUUUAGGGUAAUUUUUGUUGAAUUUAGAGUAACUUUUAUCCAUAAAGCUUAAUACUUUUAUUUAUAUCAGAAUAACUUAUAUAUACUUGGUAACUUUCAUUCAUUAUAGAGUA